GUCUGACCCCAGUGAGGUCACGGCCUGCGACAAGUGCGACAGUGCGCAUGACGGGCACUCGGGUGCAACCAAGUGGAGCCGAUCUCGAACCUGCGACUGGGACAGCGAGCGGCUAGGCCAGGGUUGUGUGUGGAGCUGACUGAUGUGGACGAGUGUAGCAGACGGCAGAGGUGGAUUUACCGGCCCAGUGAGGUGAGAGGCAGCCCAGCCAUUGCACGGCUCAGUGGACAUACAACAGGAUCGUAGCUCUGCACUCCACUAAGGUGCGCCUUUUCUGUGUGCUCAUUCUGGAUAGAUCUUGAUCAUCCUUGGUUUUCUUCUCGAUGGAGCUACCAAUUUAUUUGCAGCAGUAAUUCUAGUUAGCCUACAGUUUUCCUUUUGUUUUUGCCUCCUGCUUCACCCAUCCACCUCUGUGCAAGAACAGCCUACCUUACUUCGCAGUAUGAUAACAACGGCUUUCGCAUCAUAAAAAACGCUUCUCUGCUUUAAUUUUGAUGUCCUGUGUGAUUUUUCGAUUGUUCUGUGGAUAGCUGAACAAAAAAAGCCAAAAGUAUUGAGUUCAUGCGUAGAUCUCUAGAGAUAGAGUCUAGAUCUACCUCUCUAGUGAAGUGUAGCACCCAGCCUCCGGCCUCCUGGGAUAUGAUUAGCCUAGGCCUAGUGAAUAGCGCAGAGCAUGAGAUAAGAUAGAUUGAGUCUAGAAUCCAGAGACCUUUCAUUCCUCUCUAUGCUCUAUCUAGAUAUCUAUUCUAGAUUCUAGAUCCAGAAUCUAGCCCUUUUGUUAUGAAAAACAAUGAGUGCUGAAAGACCCAAGGAAAUAAGGUUUUUGACUAGGCCUUUAUCUUCUGAAACAAGACAACGCUCAUCUUUUGAGGAGGGUCUGUCCAGAUCAGGAUUUUCAGAGCCGGGCUAUGUCAAGGACGGAGGAGUGUCAGCUGACCGGAAGUGUGAGGGAGAUCCCCGGAUAGAGGACCUGGCCGACUCCAACAAGAUGGACAUUCUGGAUGUACAACAGGCGGAGAGAGAGCAGGAGCUGGGGCUGGAGGGAGAGUCUCUCCUGGACAAGGCCAAACAGUCCCUGGAGGAGCUGCGACUGAGCGACGCCGAGCGACAGUACCUGGCCGCCAUAGCCCGCCUGGCAGAUGGGGACGCGGGCAAGUCUAUGGUGGAGGCAUACCUGGGCCUGGCGGAAGUGUGCACGCGCAAGUCUCGGGGAUUCCGACAGAGCCCGCUAGAAUGGUUCUGGCUGUGUGUGCACGCGUCCAGUCUGCUGGGCCAGGUGGUGGAGAUGUGUGAGGGCGAGCUGGCCACGGAGACAGACAACCAGAGGAGAGACUGGUACACCGCUCAGGCCAAGUUUGCAGAGUCUCGCGCCCAGUCGCUGGUGGACGUCAUGGGCCGCACGCUGUUUAACUGGCAGAAGGAAGACUGGAGGCAAGUAGACCCCCACCACCUGGCCAACCUGCUCCACGCACGCUCGCCACUCACACCCCGCUCGCGCUUCCCACUCUCCACGGGACUGACCCCCGGCCCUCGCCCCUACCAGACGGGCUACAUGAACCACGCAUUCAGCAUCGAGAGUCUCCACGAACCUCCCAUGAUGAAGGGAGGCGGCCACUUUGCCGUGGGGGGCGGCCCCGCCAACUGGUUCCGCAGAAUUGUCCACUACUGUCGCCUGAGGCUGUGGAACCGUAACGUGAAGGAGAUCACCAACGAGAUCUGUACGGUGAAAGAGACUGAGACCGGGGCCUCUCCCAUUGACCCAAAGAUGGACAUCGACACCAUCUCAGAGGAGACAGACAUGGAGCUGGCCAAGGAGCAACUUCUGCUCAACGACAAGGGAGAGAAACACCUAAUUGAACACCAGGAGGAGGAGGAAGUGUUCUCGGAGGAGACGUUUGACAUGGCCAGCAUCAACGAGAAGUCUCGCACAGACUCGCUGGUCAAGGAGUACUCCCUCAUGUACGAGCUGGCCUCCAGCGACGUGGACACGAGUGGCUGGGAGUUCUUCCUGGAGCGUCGCAAGGACUGCCUGGUGGGCUCUGUGCUGGAGGUGGUGGGGGGAGGGGGGGGCGAGGAGGACAAGUCUGGGGGGAGUAGUGGCGCCGACGACAACAGUCGUGUGACCAGUGGAGACGAGAUGGAAGUGACCAUCGUAGAGACACUGGAUGUGGCACCGGGACACAGCGGUCACUCACGGGCCGGGGGAAGUCCUGAGCCCAUGGAGGAGGGAGAGAAGGAGGAGGAGGAGAAGGAGAAGAUGAGUCCCCUGGAGGAGAAAGAGCUGCGUCUGACAGUGGCCAAGGCGUACCUGGUGGUGGUUCAGAAGUUGAUGGAGGGGGAGGAGCUGGGCACGGCGGAGACUCUGGCCGAGGAAGUCCUGCAGAUAGUGGAGGACAUCCAGGACGGGACGGUCAAGAUCCUGCGCUUCCACGGCCUGCUGCUUCAGAGCGUCGGGCUGCUGUGUUUCCGCCAGGGAAACCGCCACAAUGGCAUGAAGAACCUGGACAAGUCGCUGGCCAUCUACCGAGACCUGCAGGACCGCGACGCACGCCGCCAGGUGGCACUGAUACUCAUUGACCUUGGCAACGCGUACGCCAACGACCUCCACGACGAGGCUCUGUACGACCGGGUCAUCGCUGCCAUCUGUGAGUUCUUUGAGCGCGAGGCGUCGGACGAGGAGAACACAGGGGGCAGCACCACGCCGGACAAGUCCAGCAUCCCGGAGGCCCAGGAAGAUAUGGAGCAGAAGAAGAGGAUCGCUGAAGCUGUCAGCUGCUACACAGAGGCGCUGUCGGUGCUGGAGGAAGAGGAACAGUCGCAGAGACAGGUGCUGGCCAUGGCCAUGAGGAAACUGGGAGAUUGCCACUUUGUACAGAAGGAGUACACUGAGGCGCUGGACUGGUACGAAAAGUCGCUCAAACUCCAUCGCACGUCAGGUUUCCAUGGCAAGGAGUCCAUGCUGGAGAACGCGCACGUGCUGAGUAUGCUUGGCGUGUCCACCUUCAUGCUGCACGUGUACCCGCGCGCGUCGCACGUGUUUGAGCUGGCACUGCACAUGGUGAAGCACGCGCAUGGCCUGCAGCUGUACACCUUCCUACACAGCCUGGUGCUCUCCCUGCUGGGAAUCUCCUACUACAAGAUGAAGGCCUACCACAAGUGUGUGUCCAUGUGCUCGCGAGCCUUCGAGACCUUCUGGAACCUGUACGACGAGAAGAUUGCGGACCUGCCCCAGCACAAGUUCUGGCUGGUGUGUCAGAACCUGUACAUCCUGGGCAACACGUACAACGUGCUGAGUCUGCACCACAAGGCCGUCAAGUUCCUCGAGAUCGGCCGCGCCUUCAUGCGUGAGUCGGCCGUGGGGGAGAAGAGGCAGCACAUGCGCAUCCUGCAGAUACUGGGGGACUGUUACUUCGCUCAGUACGACUACAAGACAGCGCUCACCUACUACAACGAGGCGCUGGAUAUAGGGGAUAAGGUGUCUUCGUCCACCGAGUCGGAAGCUUUCGAGCGCCUGGAAGAGAUGACCACGUCCAACGAGGACCUGGACAUGGCGCUCCACAACCAGCUGCUUAGCCGCUCGGCCGACGCCCACAUCAGCAUGAAGCAGUACCAGAACGCCGUCCAUUAUCUGGAGCAGGCCCGCGACAUUCAGGACGUGCUGGAGGACGACAUUAAGGGGAGACGUGGACAAAGCCAUCGAGUCGUACAGGGAGUCUUUGGACGUGUUCAGAGAACUCCACAACGGGGAGCUGGCGCCGGAGAUGUGUAUCACGCUGGGAAACCUGGCCACCAUGUGCUAUGUGAAGGCGUGCAUCUGUGAGGACAUAGACAGCGAGCUGGAGAUGAUUCUGUCAGCCGAGCAGUACUUCCAGUACUCGUCAGACAUCGUGUAUGGUGGCCUUGAGAGAGUGACGCUCCCCGAGCCCCUUCAGGAGGAAGUGGAUGCUCAGGAAGAAGCCAUCAUGCCCACAUCCGUGCUGGCCUACUACAUCCUGGUGCUGUGCUACAAGAUGCUGGGUCAGCUGAGGCACGCCGAGGGGGCGCUGCUGUCUCUGAUGGGCGAGGUCUACGCCAGGGACAUACCCUUCCUGCACUCGGUGCUGGGCUACGGCCUCAUGGAGCUGGGCCUGUUCUACGAGGCGGCCCAGGAGUUUGCCAUGGCCUGGCUGUUGGACAAGGACUACAACCUGGCCCUGGACAACUACUGCCUGUGUCUGGCCGUACAGGCACACAACGUGCUGUCGCGGGGCUGCGCCACCGUCUUUGUGCACACUGGCGUCUGGAACGAGGAACACAAGAUCAACCAGAGGGUGGCCAGCCUUCUGGGUUACUACUCCUAGUUCCUGGUGCUUGACCGCUGCUCUGUCUGUCUGUCCUAGUGCUUGACCGCUGGUCUGUCUGUCUGUCUGUCCUAGUGCUUGAAUGCUGGUCUGU